CUUUGCCUACGAAUCCUGGCACUGCAGGUAGUCUCUCUCCUCACACUGUGUUUAUUACUCAGGAGCGGAGACUGGAAGUGGAGACAACGCUGGGAACGAGAAAAGUUUUCUUUGAACUCCGCGUCCCGGAGUGGGGGCUCUGCUUGGUGAAUGGUGGGAGGCGAGGCUGGGGUUUUUGCGGGCAAUUCCCAGGCUGAUUGUUCUCGUUCCUGUGGAUCUUAGUGUGAGGGAGUUUGCUCGUGUUUCGCGGUGAAGAAUAGGGGGAGAGAGAAUUUGUUGCUUCGAUGCAGUUUUAAUCCGUCACAUCUGAUCUCUCAGAUAGAUAUAGCCGAAUCAUGGAAAAUAAAACACUUGGCUGCAUUUGACUCUGUUCCUCUAAUUAGCAACAGACAAGGGGGAAAGAAGGAGCUCUUAUGUUUAUGGCCAUGAAGUGGAGACUUUCUGUUGCUCUUAUUCAGACACUGCUUUGGUUUUUGAUCAAUAAUAGAUGUCAUGGUACUCUUAACGACAUCCAAUGUUUAAAAGACUUUAAGCAAUCAGUAGAAGAUCCUGAAGGCUAUGCAUUUUACUCUUGGAAGUUUGAUAACCUAACAGAAGGAGCUUUAUGCAAGUUUUCUGGUGUUGAAUGCUGGCAUGAAGAUGAAAGCAAGGUCCUCAACCUGAGACUUUCCAACAUGGGGCUUCGAGGCCAGUUCCCUUCAGGGCUCGAAAAUUGCACAAGCUUGACUGGGCUUGAUCUCUCGAACAACAACUUUUCAGGACCUAUUCCUGCUGAUAUUGCAAAAAGGAUACAUUUUGUCACAUCACUCGAUCUUUCAUUCAAUAAUUUCUCGGGGGAAAUUCCGCCCAAUCUAUCUGAUUGCAGUUAUCUUAAUACCCUCAAUCUUCAGCAUAAUCAAUUGACUGGACAAAUUCCUGGGCAACUUGGCAGCCUUGCAAGACUGAAAGACUUUGAUGUUUCAAACAAUCAUUUGUCUGGACAGAUACCUACCUUUACUAUUAGUAUUCCAGCAUCAAGUUUUGCAAGCAAUGAGGGACUCUGUGGACUACCUUUGAAUGGUUGCACUGGGAGUUCAAAGAAAUCUAAUGCCAGUGUAAUUAUAGGCUCAGCUAUUGCAGGUGUUGUUAUAACCAUCAUUUUUGUUGGUGUUGUUUUGUACUUCUGCAUGCAGAGAAUGCCCAUCAAGAAGAAAGAGAAGGACGUAGAAGAAAACAAGUGGGUGAAGUCAAUGAAAGGAGUCAAAGGCGUCAAGGUGUCUAUGUUUGAGAAAUCAGUGUCAAAAAUGAAGUUGAGUGAUCUCAUGCAAGCAACUAAUGAUUUCAACAAAGAUAACAUUAUUGGUACGGGUAGAACAGGGACUGUGUACAAGGCAACACUUCCGGACGGCACUUAUUUAGCUAUCAAAAGGUUGCAGGACUCACAGCAUUCUGAAAAACACUUUGGAUCAGAGAUGGCAACACUUGGAAAUGUCCAACAUAAAAACUUGGUUCCCCUUCUUGGCUAUUGUGUUGCCAAAAAGGAGAAGCUCUUGGUGUACAAGUACAUGCCCAAUGGGACUCUCUACGAUCAGUUACAUGGUUCUGCUUCACCAGGCAAAAGUAUGGAGUGGCUGACAAGACUGAAAAUUAGUAUUGGGGCAGCAAAGGGAAUAGCUUGGCUUCACCACAGCUGCAAUCCUCGCAUUCUGCACCGAAACAUUAGUUCUAAAUGUAUACUCCUGGAUGAAGACUAUGAGCCCAAAAUAUCUGAUUUUGGGCUUGCAAAGCUGAUGAAUCCUAUAGAUACGCAUCUCAGCACUUUUGUGAAUGGUGAGUUUGGGGAUCUGGGAUACGUUGCUCCUGAAUACACACGCACCCUGGUUGCAACACCAAAAGGUGAUGUUUACAGUUUUGGUGUCGUACUUCUUGAGUUGGUCACUGGUGAAAAGCCAACUCAAGUAUCCAAGGCUUCAGAAAACUUCAAAGGUAGUUUGGUGGAGUGGGUUACUUUUCUCUCAAAUAACUCUAUUCUCCAGGAUGCAAUCGACAAAUCAUUGAUUGGGAAGGAUAAUGACAGUGAGCUGCUUCAGUUCUUGAAAGUUGCUUGUUCUUGUGCUCUCUCUGGCCCCAAGGAGAGGCCAACCAUGUUUGAAGUUUACCAGCUUCUGCGAGCUAUUGGCGAAAAGUACCAUUUUUCGUCAGAUGCUGAUACUCUUUUACCAUCCCUUAUUACAGAUGCUGAAAGUUUGGAUGAACUUAUCGUAGCAAAGUGAUGUAGAAGGUUGGCGGAUGUAGGGAGGAAAUCGAUAUGUUAGUAUUAGUAUUUUAAUGUUGUAGCAUGUUGCCGAGAACAUAUUAGUAUCUUGUAAAUCAAGUUGUCUUAAAGCAUCUUAGAUGAAUAUUAUUUGUCUUCCCA